AUGUUAGCCCCGCCACCUCAGGCCCGUCGGCCUGUUCUACCGACCAGCAUCUCGACUCCCUCGCUCCCUUCAAAAACCAUGAGACCUCAACCCAUGCAACGGAGAUCAACCCUGAAGCGAUCAAUCGAUGAAACCAGCUUCAUGGAGACGCCUUCAAGUCCCUCCAAACGUUCUCGCGUGACAUUUGAUUCCGACGUCGAGAUCGUGUCCGCAGACGAGGACGAGGACGUGGACCCCCUGGUCGUCAAAGAACAAGUACGGAGAGCAAUUGAAAGACAUCGAUUUAGAGAAGACGAGGCAUACGAACGUGUGAAGGGUUAUUUCAGUGCCCCGCCGGACAAGCCAAACGCACCGUCCACAAAGGUGCUCAAGUUUCACCUUCAGGCUGUCCUGGCUAACAUUACGUCCCUGGACAAAGACUGCAGCGGUCUGGUCGAUGCAGUGCUGAACAGUGAAUGGGUGGGACGAGAUGAACAGUAUUAUGCGAUUUUUGUCAGAUUCCUAAAUAAUCUGGCGGCUGCGCAACGUGGCUAUCAGCGCAAGAUCAUGUCGAUCCUCGUAGAGCUUCUGGGACCGCAAAAAACACGACGGAUCGAAAGCUCAACCCCUGUCAGACAAGGAAAGAUCCAUCGACGAGUUCUGCAAGCCAUUCAACACAUCACCGUCAAUGUUCCUUCCUCGCCCGCCGCUCUUGCCGAUCGAGUCGCUUCCCGCCUCCAGUUUGACUUCCAAAAGGCAGACGAGCGCAUGACCUACAUCCGAAACUUCAUGGAGAUGAUCAAAUAUGUGCCCGAGCUCACUUCGGAAAUCCUCACAUGUGUCUUGCGAGAACUUAUCAAGCUUGACGUCUCAGUUCAGGUUGACCUUGACGAAGAAGAGGAGGAUGUCGAAGACGAUUUGCUCAGCCACAUGUCCUCGUCGCAGACACUGGUUGCGCGCUCGUCUCAGGACAUGCUUGCUGGCGGGCCUGAUGAUCAAAGUGAUGAUAUCAGCACCAGCGACGAAUCUGAGAUGGACGAAGAUGAAGAUACUGAUCCCGCCAAAGCUCGUCGACGCAAACUGAAGGAGGAUAUCAAGCAGGUCGACCUGAUCAUGGACAUUAUGUUCCAAUAUUACGCCAAACUCACCACUUCAGCCGCACUCCAGACCCGCGACAAUGCUGUUGAGCAGCUUAUCUCUCAAUUCCACACCCACAUUCUUCCGACGUACCGGGCCCGUCAUCCGCAAUUCUUGGUCUUCCACUUCGCCCAAGCAGACCCCAUCAUCGUCGAUCGCUUCGUCACAUCUUGUGUCGCUGUUCUUGUUGACAAGAAACAGCCACACCUCCUCCGGCACAGCGCUGCUGCCUAUUUUUCCGGCUUCGUCGGCCGUGGUGCUCAUGUCUCCCCCCAGGUGGUGCAUGAUUGCUUGGACUUGCUCUGCGACCAUCUGACCAUUUUGCGCAAAUCGUACGAGCCAACGUGCCGUGGUCCGGACUUGAAACGCUACGGCGAUUUCUAUGCCGCCUUCCAAGCAAUUUUGUACAUUUUCUGCUUCCGCUGGCGUGACAUCGCCUCCGCCAAUUCUGACGACGAAUCCGACUUCGACGUCGACGAGGAUGAAGUUGAGACGUACCACUUCGCCGAGUCGCUCCGCGAGUCACUUCGAGAGGCGAUCUAUUCCCCCCUCAAUCCCUUGCGCGUCUGCACCCCAGUCAUCGUCGAGCAGUUCGCCAAGCUGACACACGCGCUACAAUUAUUCUAUGUCUAUCCGAAAUUGGAGGAGAAUAGACACGUGCGAGUUACCGGUCACUGGCGCGGCGUGUCUGACUUGACCAUCAGCAAUCCAGAUCGGGACUUGAGUUGGGUCGGAGACAAUGGAAUGCUGGAGGGAUAUUUUCCGUACGACCCAUACCACUUGCCCAUCAGCAAGCAUUGGAUUGAGGGAGACUAUGUGGAGUGGAAAGGGAUCCCAGGAGAGGAGGCCGAGGACACGGAUUCUGAGGAUGAUGGAGGUAUGGAUGUUGGAGGAGUGGACGAGGAUGAUGAUCUUGGUCACGAGUCAGACGAUGAAUGA